GCUGGGAUUUGUAGUUAAUAAGCUUGUAGUCAAAAUUAUGACUGCAGUGUAGGGAACUAACCUCAAGAUGGCGCCAAACUCCACAUACCUCUCUAUGAACCUGCAGUAAAAUGCUGUGCUUCAUUCUCCAAAGUCCGUAAAAAAAACCCUCAGCUAAAUGAUCCUCUGCGGAUAGUAAUUUAGGAGUUAAUGUACAGUGAAUUAUAUGAUGAUAUUUAAAGCAUACACUAACAAUGACCAAUAACACUGGAUUUUGAUUAGCCAUAAAACUGAUGAAGCCUGCAGUAGCCUUUUCAUUUUAUAUGAAAUAGCUGAGCGUAGUUAAGUUGUAGGCUGUUUAGUCAUAUACAUAAUGGCUCUAAUCUUGUUAUUCAUGAUAACAUAUUGAGGUAGUUGAAGAUUAUUGAAACAUCAAUGUACAGACUGCAGAAAUUUAAAAUGUGACAAGGGUUCCAAUAAUAAGUGUUAAUACUGGGCCCCCUGACGGGUAAAUGCUUUGGGCUUCCUGACACAGGAAUAUAUAUAUAUUAUUCUCCUGGUCAAUUCCUAGAAUUUUUCAGGGUUCAUUCGGCUUUCCUGUCUAAUCAGAGUCCUUGGAAUCAACCCUCACCUUCCCCGCUUUAUGGUACUGUCAAACAGUGGUAUUCAGAAUAUAAAACAAGUUGGAGACUGUUUGUAUUCAGUAAAUGAUACAUAUUGGAAUUGGUAUUAAGAGCACAGCUACUUUACAAAUGUUUAAGUGAAAUCCUGUAGAAAGCCUUGCUACUAAUACAAAUCUGUAUCAAUCUGUAAAAGAAACACAAUUAAUGCUUUAAAAUCAGGCACAGUGGUGCACCACACACAGUAUUCAACACCAGAGUUAAUGCACCCAUUUUCGUGAAAUGGUGUCAAUACAGCUGGCGAUCGAAACAAAAUUGAGUAGAGCUGGCCCUUAUUCAGGUCACCAGUGGCCCACUGGGUCCUAAAAUAAAUUUUUACUCUGAAAGAAUCUCUCCAAUUAUACUGAUGACUCUAGAAUUCAGUCACAGAAAAGUCUUCUUCUGUCUUUAUUUAUUCAAAAUGAAAAGAAGGGCUUAUGUAGUACAUUUGUAGCACAAAUUUACAUUGAGACAUGCAGAUUGUUUGUCUGUGUUCACAUGCCUGGUCAGUCUAAUGUAGGCUGUGUGAGUGGAUCAGUGUUUAUUUGGCUCCCCAGAGGACCAUGGGACCAUUUUACCAUCUGAAAAAAGAUCAAUGCAAUGAGAUCAAUCUGCUUGAGUGCUUUUCCAUCAGUUCUGUCCAUGUUACGUGGGUUAGGCUACAAAAGAAACGUCGCACAGAUUGGGACACAGACCUCUCAAGCUCAGAACACAGAGAAAAUAUUAAAGCAGAGAAGAAGCCACAGCAUAACAGGAUUGUGAAAUGACGAACUUUACUGAGGAAGAUCUGGACCAUUAUUUACAGAAUCAGGUGGAUCUCAGACACCGGCAGGUCUCUAAAUCUGUAGAGGAGGUGCAAAAAAUAGUCAAAGACCUAACUGCUGAGAUCAGCUCAAAGGAUUCCCGCUUCCAUUCCAUCGCCAACACAGGAGUUCACAAUAACAGCUUCAAAGAUCAGCCUGCUCUAGCAUCAAAAUGGGCUGCAUUACUUCAGGGAAAGGGUACUUUCAAUCCUGCCAUUCAGGUGCUGACUCCCACUCUGUUCCUGAUUUCGGUGCCAGUACGGGGUCUUACAGGUUAUAAGGAGAGACGGGCACGUCAGUGGCGGUAUUACACAAUGAGUGGUUCACAGCUCCUUUCACCAGUCCGAGAACCAGAGAAGCUGCACCAGUGGCUGGAACUGGAAAGCUUCACUAACCCUAUUCAGGAGUGGCAUGAUGCUCGUGUGGCCAUCGAAGGUGAUCUUGUGCCCUCCAAAGUAGUCAGUGUCUUUAGGGAGCAGGUAGAGGCAGCCAUUAAGUCCUGUGGGCUGACAGAGAAAUUGAACAUUCAGGAGUCACUGGGCUCAGUGGUACGUGUGGCAGUGGAGACAUCGGAAGUACAGAUAGAAGUGGAGCUGGUGCCUACAGUGGAGGUAAUGAACUGCUGGCCUAAGAGAGCCCGCUGGCCUCGUCUACUACAGAGGUGGCCUUCUAAAGAGUGCACUCGCUGUGUUAAGUCUUUUGGUUUCAACCUCAUGGCUACUUCUAAUUACCACUGGCUGCUGUCAUUCUCACGGGCAGAGCAGGUGCUGCUGGCUGGUAUAGAUGAGGAUGGUGGCUGUAGGAGGAAGUGUUACAGGGUGCUACGACAGCUGAAGGAGGAUGUAUGGUGUCCAGGGAGCAAACCUGUCAUCACUACCUACCAUUUACAAACUCUGCUGUUCUGGACAUGUGAGAAGUAUCCGAGCACCAGGGAUUGGUGCAACUUACGAGAGUGUGUGCUGCGUUUGGUGCAGAAGCUGCAUAAAUGUGUGUCACAGCGCUAUCUCAGGCACUACUUUGUGUGCACCUACAACCUGCUGAAGUACACCAACACAAACGAGCUAGAUGACAUGGCCAAAAAGAUCUCGGAGUUCCUCAACAAUCCAAGCGCCUAUAUUAAUUAGGAGCUCUUUUUGCUUCUUAUAGCAUUGUAUUAUUUGAGUAAUGUGUAAUGUGGAAUUAAUAGCUUGGCACAUAAUAGAAAUACACAGUUAGAUGUGCAGUUAUGACUAACAUUAGGGUCAAAUGUAUAGAUGAUACUGUAGAAGAGACAGAGAAGUCAGUACAGUUACAUUAUGUAUUAGAUGUUUGAAUACAUAACUGUUGAAUAAAGAAAGCUAAUUUCAUGUUA